GACAAGGGGAGAGAGACUGAGCGAUAUGAGCAUACUCCGGUUUGGUUGCGAUCACACUGACUCCCAGACUGCUGUGCCGGGAAAUAAUGUGAUGUGGGAUUUUUGACCGUACAUUGCAACUCCAUCUGGGACAUGGAAUACAGGAUUCAUCAGAAGGAAACAGGUUUUUUGCUGAAGAAAUCAACUUGAAAAUACCCAGAGACUUUCUUUUUUUGUAUUUGUGAUUGUCAUUCUGGCUCCAGCUGACACAGCACGUAGGACGCUCGAGAGCAUUGGGACUUGUCGGGGGCAAAAAAGAAAACUAGAAGGACAGAAGGAAAGGGAAUGAUUGACAGCCACAGCAAAUGAAAAAUUUUGAAUAUACUUUGUGAAUAUUUUUUGGAGAUACAUCAGUUGGUUGGGUGCAUAUUAUUGUACUUUGGCUUCUACCAGUCAAAACUGCCCAGAGGGUUUAAAUUUAGAACAUUUGACAAUUAGUUUCACUGUAGCAUGCUUUUUUUCAUGUCAAGUUGUCCAAAGUGACGCUUCGCCACUGUAGAAUCGAUCCCAGAUAUUUGACCACACAUCCCACGUUCAGCCAUGCACCCUAGUUCAGCGACCUUUCACCUCCCCAUGCUGUUGGCUGUGCUCUUGUUGUGGGGGCCGAUGGAGUCUAGGGGCCAGAAUGACACCGAGCCCAUCAUCCUGGAAGGGAAAUGCUUGGUCGUGUGCGACUCCACUCCUUCGUCAGAACCCGGCGGUAACGCCCUGGGCAUGUCGGUCCGCUCCGGCUCCGGCCGGGUGGCCUUCUCCGCCAGCCGCCAGACCAACCACGAGCCCACUGACAUGAGCAACCGCACCAUGAUCAUCUACUUCGACAAUAUCCUGGUGAACGUGGGCACUCAUUUUGACCAAGAGAGCAGCGUGUUCCUGGCGCCGAGAAGAGGAGUGUACAGCUUCAACUUUCACGUGGUGAAGGCCUACAACAGGCAAACUAUUCAGGUCAGCUUGAUGUUGAACGGCUGGCCGAUGAUUUCGGCGUUUGCAGGGGACCAGGACGUGACCAGAGAGGCCGCCACCAACGCCGGCCUGGUGAUUAUGGAGAAGGGGGACAAGGCCUACCUCAGGCUGGAGAGAGGCAACCUGAUGGGAGGCUGGAAGUACUCCACCUUCUCCGGGUUCCUGGUAUUUCCCCUGUGAGGAAGGUGGUUAAGGUGUUGGAUAGAGAAGAGCAAGAGUGAGGCGGAGGUAAAAAAAAAAAAAAAAAGUAAAAAGGUGGCACUAGUCUGUUAUUCUCUAUCCAUCGCACAAAGAGAGGUGUAUUAUGCAAAAAAAGGGGUGAAGACUGAAGAUAAUUCUCACUUGAGACCUAAAGGAUGAAAGUACAGUAAACAUGAUUUCCCUGUGUAUUUAAUUUGCUCUGUUUCUGUGAACUAUUUAAUGGGUUUAUUGUGGGGAAAAACAUGAAGUAACCGUGUGCAAUAUAGACCUCUGUGCUAAGAUUAUUUUUUUCAAAGUGUUUGAUACACUGCUGUGCUCAAUGACAAACUUCCCCUUUACUCUGCUGUGCUGCAUCACAGACAGUCCUCUAUCUGCAACAAAUGUUUAUUUACACAGAAAUUUCUAUGGAGGGGGAAAUAUUGAAAUAAAAUUCCAUAACAUUG